ACCAGUGUAGCCCAUCGUAACCGACUGGCGCGUAUAAUGAAAGUGUUAGUGAAUAAAAUAAUGGUUUAAAGUAAUUAGUUUAUUUUCGGUGCACAUUUGUUUGCUCAAGCACAGAAAUAUAGCUUAACUUCCAAGCGGAGAAAAUAAGGAUAUUAAAUGUGUUAUUUAAAUAAAGCCGACUGUGGAUGGAUAGUCAAGCUAGCGUUGAUGAUGUGGCUAAGCUAAGUGUUUGUGAAGCUGGUCCAUUUCUUUAACACAGAAAUAUAUCACAGUUUAUUUACAGUCACAGAACCAGGGCUGUGGCUGUUCUAGCUGAGCUAUAAAGCUCUUAUACCAUGCACUUGAAGCUAAAUGGAGAUUUCCAGGUGAAGUGGACAUGAAUCCUUCAGUCAGGCGCAAACCCCCUGAUGGCAAAGCUGGAGCUUCCCGAGCUAAGGGCAGCAAAAGUGAAGAGAAUGAAGGAAAAGCGGAAACAUCGAGCGGUUCUCCUCCUUCAUCUCCAUCCAGAGAUGAAGAGCCAUGUCCUGAAGACAUCACAGAGUCGUCGAGACGAGCAGGGAGGAGUAAAGCAGAAACGCAGCGUGGCUCGUCGUCGGAUGAUGAUGCAGAGAAGACUCUUAUCAUCACGGUCGGUAGCGAGCAGAGCUGCUCUCGGCAAAGUGGGAAAGCCAAAGCGGGAGUCAAGAGGAAACGAGAGACGAACGAAACAGGGUUCCAGCAGAAGGAGGAUGAACUCCAGCCCGAGGUGGAGAUUGACCAAGAGCUGGACAGAGAGCUGGAGAACAAGUCACGUCAACAUAACCUGACCUCAGCUAACGUGCGCAGCAUUAUACACGAGGUGAUCACCAACGAGCACGUCGUGGCAAUGAUGAAAGCCGCCAUCAACGAGACCGAACCUGUUCCUCUGUUUGAGCCUAAGAUGACUCGAUCUAAGCUGAAGGAGGUGGUGGAGAAAGGAGUGGUUAUUCCUACUUGGAACAUUUCACCGAUCAAGAAGCCAAGCAUAUUACAGGGCCCGCAGUUUGUGGACAUUCCUUUAGAGGAGGAGGACUCGUCUGAUGAAGAGUACCACCCUGAUGAAGAGGAGGAGGAUGAGACGGCAGAGGAGACACUUUUGGAAAGUGAUCUGGAGAGCACAGCAUCAUCACCACGCGGCACUCGACUAAACGUCAACAGAUCCUACAGCGAAUGUGAUAUGGAAAACAGCUGCAGCCCUAGACAGAGCUCACGCAGGUCUCAGCAUGUACGGGUGGCAGUAGUACCCAUGGGCCCUCCACCACCCCCUCAGGGCCCGGAGCCUCCACGACCCCAGACUGAGUGCAGCUUUAUGGAGAAACUCCACGCUGUGGAUGAAGAGCUGGCUAUCGGUUCUGAAUGCAUGGACUCUUACCAGUCUCUUACCAGUACUGGAGAAGAAGGUGAAGAGAGCCUGAUGGCCUUCCGGACUCGUUCCAAGCGGCCCCUGAGAGACGUACCUCUGGGUCGUUUGGAGGCGGAGCUUCGAGCUCCCGACAUCACCCCGGACAUGUACGAGUUUGGCUCCGCCCCCGAGGACAGGGAAUGGACACAGUGGCUGCAGGGCCUCAUGAACUCAGACGUGGAGAACGAAGAGGAGGGUGAUGACGAAGAUGAUCCGGAGUACAACUUCCUGGCUGACAUCGAUGAGCCGGAUGUGGAAGAUUACCGGAACGACAAGGCCGUGCGCAUCACCAAGAAGGAAGUGAACGAUCUGAUGGAAGAGCUGUUUGACGCUUUUCAGGAUGAAUUAGGGGGUCAGGAUGAGGAAGGCCACGAGGAGGAGGAGGAAAAGGAGGAAGAAGACAAUCUCCAGCAAGAGCCGCUCAGUAUUCUGGAAACAAUUCAGUAUGAGGACCCUUUGGCAGAUAUUCUGAACCAGCGCUACCGCACAGUGAAGGAGCAGUUGGAUGCUAUCCGCAAGCGAAAGGCUCUGUUGGAGAGUAAAGGAGUGUCCAUUCCUCCUAAACGCCCCACCUACCCCACGUCCUUGUAUAUAAGCCCCACCCAGAAGCUCCGCCUUCAGCAGCACAUACAACAGCAUGUGCAGCUCCUGACUCAGGUGAACAUGCUGAGCAGGUCAGUGGAAGCUCUUCAGACUGAGGCCUGCACAGCUCGACAGUUCCUGUCAGAGCUGCAGUUCUUUGCACAGCAAGGAGAACAGGCACAGCAGGUCAUAGACCCUGGAUUCGUCAGCAUCUUCAGAGCCUGUAACCUUCAGGCUGCUGUGUCUCUCCUCGAGGAACUGGAUCAGUCUCCUAAUUCCGAUACUCAGAACACUUAUCCCGUGUUUGCAGGGUCCCAGAUUCCAGCUGAUUUGGCCUGGUUGAUGGUGACGCGGCCGGUGUUCCUCUACCCACAACUACUUCCUGUGGUCAGACUGCGCCCGUUCAGUCAGAAAGGGCCCUUUACGUCCGCAGAAAACUGUCUGGUGGUUUUAGGCUAUCAGCAUCUAAAGGGCACUGUGAAUCCUCUCAAGCUGACCUGUCAGUACCUGCUUGCAGCGAGGAACUUCAUCUGCCUGAGAGUUCACAUCCGCUCAGCGUGUCGCAAACAACAUCCCAACUUCAUAAAGAGAUACUUUCUAGAAGGAAAAUGUCCCCCCAUGCCUUUGGCCUGUGAGAAAGUUUGUCCCAGUGAUCAGCGCCCCCCAGUGGAAAGAGAGACGCGCCUCAUGCCUCGCUGGCUUUCGGAAAAUGUUAAACUAAUCCACGAAGAAGUCCGAAAGUACAAUCUUCAGCUCUCUAAUACUCAACAUGCCAAUCCUGAGGAAAACUCUACCUCGAAAGAUGACUCGUCCUCUCCGCCCUACAGCUUUCCCCCAGGUACCCGCUACCCUCCCAGCCUGCCCGAUUCCCUCGCCCGCACUCUUAAACCACGCCAUCUUCCGGUUCCUGCAUCCUGUACAAAAAAGGCACCUCGUGUGCCAUCUUCACACACUACAACCCAACCCAAGCCACCACCUUCAGCCCAAGAUCUGGAGAAAGCUCUGCGUCGCUUACCGCCUCUCCUGCCAAAGUUUGCUAACCAGAAUGUUCAGCCUGUUUACAAUUUUAAGUCUGUUCCUAAAAAACAAAAAAACAAGGGUAGACCUAAAUCUGCUCAAAAGGCUGGAAAGACUCGAGUGGCAGCAAACAAUGUCACAAAUUCAUUAAAGCGAAACCAAGGAAAGCUUGUUAUAACUUUACCCACUGCUCCAGUUACUUCCAGUGGAGAAACCCAGAUAUCAGUGCCUACAGCUGGUACAACAGGUCAGGGAAAUCUCAUCAUGACUUUACCUACCACGCUCAUAUGUCCUACCCCGAGUGCUACUCUAGUGGCUCAGACGCCUUCGUCCUUCACCCCGUUAGUUAAAGAGCACAUGAGUCAGCGCUGUGGCACUUUACUCAAGCUGAGCAUGGGACAGAGCCCCAAUCUAAACCCUCUACCUGUAUCUUCUCAAUUUUUUCUACUGCCUCCAGGCUGCAUAGUUACAAACAGCUUAAAUGUGAACCCAGAUCACAGCAGGAAAUCCAGCGCAGCUCAGGAAUCCGGGCCGAAAGACCUUGAGAGGCCUUCGGAGAACAUUCCAGAAAACAUAGCGGGUUCUCAAGCUAGUGUCAGAGAAGGUAAAGACGUCCAGGAAAAUGACGAAACGGUGACGAAAGCUCACGAGGAGGAACUAGAGUGUGGAGACGAAGCAUUUAGGGAGCGAUUCCUCACCUUGUCUGAAUCUUCUGGAAGCCCGGCGGCUAGUUUGUGUGGGGAAGACGAUGUAAUGGAAGUGGAAGAUGUAGAGGAACACAGGCAAAGAACAUCGACGUCUGCACAGCAGAAUGAGCAGCCGUGCUGGACUGAAGGAGAGAAUGACCAGAGGGAAGAUGCAGGGAUGUCGAGAUGUAUGACCAACAUCGGAUCGUCUGCUUCUGUAACGGCAAAGCUGACCUUGCCAGUGGUUCAGGAGAUGAUGGAGAAAAGACACUCAAGGGAAGAAAAGUCAGAUGGUCAUGCUACAGGAGAGGACAUCCUAGAGACAGAGCAUCUCUAUGAAGACUUGUCUGACGAUGAUCCUCGGAGAGACGUUAAAGACGUAGCUUUUGCACAAGCUUAUUUAGAGAAGGUGUGCGAGGCUCUGCAGGCAGUGCCAGGGAAGGUGGAGGAUUUCCUGAGUGUCCUCUACGAGUUUGAGAGUAACCCUGACGGCAGGACCGCGGUGGAGCUCUUCAUGAGACUCAAACCUGUACUGACCGACUGGCCCGAGCUGCUCCGAGACUUUGCCGCCUUCCUGCACCCAGAACAAGCCCAGGAGUGCGGCCUGCUGGAGGAGCAGCAGGCGUUUGAGAGAAGCCGGAGGUUCCUGCGGCAGCUGGAGCGCUGUUUCGGAGAGCACUCCAUGCACUACAGGAGGGUAGUGCGCACUCUGCAGCAGGGGCUGCCUAAAAGUCACAGAGGCUCAGAGGAGAUGAAGGCUCAGAUAGCGCUGCUCUUUCAUGACCACACCCACUUGCUGGAGGAGUACUGGGUGUUUUAUGAGCAGCUUCACUCCACAAUGCAGCAGCACGUGUCUGACGACGAAGACGAUGAAGAGGACCAGAUGGAGACUGACAGCAUGCCCAGGGCUCACCUGAUAGACAGUGUGGGGGAAAGUCAGCACCUCGAGAAGGCAGAAAAUCAAAGUCUUGUCCAGAGUACCGAUGUAAUAAGCCCGAGUACAGAGAGCUGUAGUGCAGGAACAGAGAUGACGGAUGAGCAGAACAGAGAUGAUGAUCCACAGUCUCAUCUAAGUCCUGUCUGUGCCAAAAACAGUUCACGCAUGCCAAGCGGAGAGAAAGUUGUGCUCUGGACAAGGGAAGCAGAUCGUGUGAUACUCACUACAUGUCAGCAAAGAGGAGCCUGUCAGAGCACUUUUACUACUAUCGCUGCUCAGCUGGGUAAUAAAACAGUCACAGAGGUUGAUGCACGCUAUCAGGACCUGAUAAAACUCUUCCACAAAUCCACAAAGCAGCAUCACAGCAGCCACAUGGACCCCGAGGGCCAGUUCCACCUGAGUGAAGAGAAACCAGACUAGUGCAUAUCCACAAUUCAUAUCAAACGUCCUAAUUUAUUUAUUUGCAUUCAGAAUGCUCAAAGCACCAACUCACAGCCUCCUUUUCUCCUCUUAAACUUGGAAGUUUUAGUUUGCUUAGAUUAAACUAUUUGUCUAUGUACACACUUUCACAUCAAGUUUUAUGUUAAAAACAUAAAAUCACACUACAGUAACCACUUGGAUUAAAUGUGAAGAGAGGAACAUGCCGUCUGUGGGUGACCUUGGACUUUUGAUAAUGUUCAGACACACUAGAAUGUUAUGAACAAGGAUAUGGUUCUCAACUAACAAUGUUUGGAAUUGUAUUUUGGGAACAUUGUAAACAAAUGUUUCCUCUUAGUAAGAGUUUGAUCAAGGGUCGUCGAUCCCAUGAGCUGAGAAUACACUCCAGAUGGUACGCCAGGCCAUCGCUGAUCAGACGCACACACCUAUUCACACCGAAGCAUAAUUUAUCAUUAGGUGGUCUAAUGAUGAUGUAGAAAGAAUCAGCUGGUCUGAUGAUCUUACAAUCAGUGGUAGCUCAAGUGGUCAAGGCUCUGGGUCAUUGACCGGAAGAUUGGCAUUCGAGUCCCAGCACCACCAAGCUGCCACCUUUGGGCCUUUGAGCAUGGCCCUUAACCCACCCUGCGCCAGGGGCCUGCAUCAUGGCGCUCUGACCCCAACCCGCAAGGAUGGGAUAUAGGAAGAAAGAAUUUCACUUCCCAGUAAUGAAUAAGUGGCAAAUAAAGACAACUUAACAAUGCAGAGACUGGAAACUGCUGCUAAAGCGAAAGCAACACAAAUGUGUUCAUGUUUGGGACUGUGAUGAACUAGGGUAUAUUUUUAUAUAUUUAUAAUCAGUAUUAAAUACAGAGUUCAUGCACAUUGCAGGAGACUCCUUAUGUGUUUGUUAUGCUUGCAGUUUUCGUCAUGUGGUGUUUAGGUUCAAAGAAAUGUUGUAAUAAAUAUUUAAAACAACAGC